GCAACUAUAGGUUGCUAGCAGAGUACAGGGUACCGAGUCGGUUGCUACUUAGACGUGUUUUACGCCCGCCAUGCUUCCAGCGGCUGUCGCGCUCGGCAAUUAUUACUGGCUUAGCGAAUUCGCGACGUCUCGAUUGCCCGCAUCUGGGAUGUGCUGCUCCGAGCCACGUGGAUCCCUACUUGGGAAAUCCGUCAUUCGGGAAUCGAGUUCAUGGAGUAUAAAGUGGAACGGUUUUGUACCUUCAAAACCAUGUCUCGUGGUUAACAGCACUCGGCUCACUCUUCGAGAGUUGUUAGUCCAGCCCAACACGACUCAAUUGAUACUUUCAGGCAUAAACUUCAGCGCAUUUACAGCGUCCAGUCAAACCCCGAAGGCCCACUGCAGGGCGACUCCGUCUCACUUUGAUCACGGCCCCGCGGAUUUUCCGAGAGGCAAGUCGCCUCGCUGGCAAUCAUGGCGGUCAAGCGAUGGUUGAAUGUUGUCGGCGCCGCAUUGGCAGCGGCGAGGCGGGCAGCGCCGACACCACCAGCAGGGGCGAGGCGGGCAUCGCCGACACCACCAGCAGCGGCGAGGCGGGCAGCGCCGACACCACCAGCAGCGCCGAGGUGGGCAGCGCCGACACCACCAGCAGCGGCGAGGCGGGCUGCGCUGACACCACCAGCAGCGGCCAGGCGGGCAGCGCCGACACCACCAGCAGCGGCGAGGCGGGCAGCGCUGACACCACCAGUAGCGGAGAGGUGGGCAGUGCCGACACCACCAGCAGCGGCGAGGCCGGCAGCGCUGACACCACCAGCAGCGGCGAGGCGGGCAGCGCGGACACCACCAGCAACAGCGAGGCGGGCAGCGCGGACACCACCAGCAGCGGCGAGGCGGGCAGCGCCGACACCACCAGCAGCGGUGAGGUGGGCAGCGCCGACACCACCAGCAGCGGCGAGGCCGGCAGCGCCGACACCACCAGCAGCGGCGAGGCGGGCAGCGCUGACAUCACCAGCAAAGCCGAGGCGGGCAGCGCUGACACCACCAGCAGCGGCGAGGCGGGCAGCGCAGACACCACCACAAGCGGCGAGGCGGGCAGCGCUGACACCACCAGCAGCGACGAGGCGGGCAGCGCUGACACCACCACAAGGGGCGAGGCGGACAGCGCCGACACCACCAGCAGCGGCGAGGCGGGCAGCACUGGCAACACCGGCAGCGGCAAGGCAGGCAGCGCUGGCACCACCAGCAGCGGCGAGGCGGGCAGCGCCGACACCACUAGCAGCGGCGAGGCGGGCAACGCCGACACCACCAGCAGGGGCGAGGCGGGCAUCGCCGACACCACCAGCAGCGGCGAGGCGGGCAGCGCCGACACCACCAGCAGCGCCGAGGUGGGCAGCGCCGACACCACCAGCAGCGGCGAGGCCGGUAGCGCUGACACCACCAGCAGCGGCAAGGCUGGCAGCCCUGACACCACCAGCAGCGGCGAGGCGGGCAGCGCUGACACCACCAGCAGCGGCAAGGCGGGCAGCGCCGACAUCACCAGCAGCGGCGAGGCGGGCAGCGUUGACUCCACAACCAGCGGCGAGGCAGGCAGCGCUGACACCAUCACCAGCGGCGAGGCGGGCAGCGCUGACACCACCAGCAGUGGGGAGGCUGACAGCGCUGACACCACCACAAGCGGCGAGGCGGGCAGCGCCGACACCACAAGCAGGGGCGAGGCGGGCAGCGCCGACACCACCAGCAGCGGCGAGGCCGGCAGCACUGACACCACCAGCAGCGGCGAGGCGGGCAGCGCUGACACCACCAGCAGCGGCGAGGCAGGCAGCGCGGACACCAGCAGCAGCUGCGAGGCGGGCAGCGCGGACACCACCAGCAGCGGCGAGGCGGGCAGCGCUGACACCACCAGCAGAGACAAGGAAGGCAGCGCUGACACCACCAGCAGCGGUGAGGCAGGCAGUGCUGACACAACCAGCAGCGGCGAGGCGGGCAGCGCUGACACCACCACCAGCGGCGAGGCCGGCAGCACUGACACCACCAGCAGCGGCGAGGCGGGCAGCGCUGACACCUCCACAAGGGGCGAGGCGGGCAGCGCCGACACCACCAGCAGCGGCGAGGCGGGCAACGCUGACACCACCAGCAGCGGCGAGGCGGGCAGCGCUGACACCACCAGCAGCGGCGAGGCGGGCAGCGCUGACACCACCAGCAGCGGCGUGGUGGGCAGCGCCGACACCACCAGCAGCGGCGAGGCGGGCAGCGCUGACACCACCAGCAGCGGCGAGGCGGGCAGCACUGACACCACCGCCAGAGGCGAGGCGGGCAGCGCCGUAACCACCACCAGCGGCGAGGCCGGCAGCGCUGACACCACAACCAGCGGUGAGGCGGGCAGUGCCGACACCACCAGCAGCGGCGAGGUGGGCAGCGCUGACACCACCAGCAGCGGCGAGGCGGGCAGUGCCGACACCACCAGCAGUGGCGAGGCCGGCAGCGCUGACACCACCAGCAGCGUCAUGGCCGGCAGCGCUGACACUACCACUAGCGGCGAGGCGGGCAGCGCGGACACCACCAGCAGCGGCGAUGCGGGCAGCGCCGACACCACCACCAGCGGCGAGGCGGGCAGCGUCGACACCACCAGCAGCAGCGAGGCCGGCAGCGCCGACACCACCAGCAGCGGCGCAGCAGGCAGCGCCGACACCACCAGCAGCGGCGAGGCCGGCAGCGCUGACACCACCAACAGCGGCGAGGGGGGCAGCGCGGACACCACCAGCAGCGGCGAGGCGGGCAGCGCCGACACCACCAGCGGAGGCGAGGGGGGCAGCGCUGACACCACAAGCAGCGGCGAGGUGGGCAGUGCUGAAACCACCACAAGCGGCGAGGCGGGCAGCACCGACACCACCAGCAACCGCGAGGCUGGCAGCGCCGACACCACCACAAGCGGCGAGGCCAGCAGCGCUGACACCACCAGCAGCGGCGAGGCGGGCAGCGCUGACACCACCAGCAGCGGCGAGCCGGGCAGCGCGGACACCACCAGCAGCGGCGAGGCGGGCAGCGCCGACACCACCAGCAGCGGCGAGGCGGGCAGCGCUGACACCACAACCACCGGCGAGGGGGGCAGCGUGGACACCACCACCAGCGACGAGGCGGGCGGUGCCGACACCACCAGCAGCGGCGAGGUCGGCAGCGCUGACAUCACCAGCAGCUGUGAGGCGAGCAGCGCUGACACCACCCGCAGCGGCGAGACGCGCAGCGCUGGCACCACCAGCAGCGGCGAGGCGGGCAACACCGACACCACCAGCAGCGGCGAGGCCGGAAGCGCUGACACCACCAGCAGCGGUGAGGCGGGCAGCGGUGACACCACCAGUAGCGGGGAGGCUGGCAGCGCUGACACCACCAGCAGCGGCGAGGCGGGCAGCGCUGACACCACAACCAUCGGCGAGGCGGGCAGUGCCGACACCUCCAGCAGCGGCGAGGUGGGCAGCGCUGACACCACCAGCAGCGGAGAGGCGGGCAGUGCUGACACCACCACAAGUGGCGAGGCGGGCAGCGCCGACACCACCAGCAGUGGCGAGUCCGGCAAUGCUGACACCACCACCAGCGGCGAGGCGGGCAGCGCUGACACCACCAGCAGCGGCGAGGCGGGCAGCGCUGAUACCACCAGCAGCGGCGAGGCGGGCAGCGCUGACACCACCAGCAGAGGCGAGGCGGGCAGCGCCGACACCACCACCAGCGGCGAGGCCGGCAGCGCUGACACCACAACGAGCGGUGAGGCGGGCAGUGCCGACACCACCAGCAGCGGCGAGGCGGGAAGCGCUGACACCACCAGCAGCGGCGAGGCGGGCAGCUCUGACACCACCAGCAGCGGCGAGGCCAGCAGCGCUGACACCACCAGCAGUGGCAAUUCGGGCAGCGCGGACACCACCAGCAGUGGCGACGGCGAGGCCAGCAGCGCUGACACCACCACUAGCGGCGAAGCCAGUAGCACUGACACCUCCACUAUCGUUGAGUCCAGCACCACCACAAGCAGCGAAGCCAGCACCACCACAAGCGACGAGUCCGGCAGCUCUGACACCACAACAAGCGGCGAGUCGAGCAUUGCUGACACCACCAGCAGCGGCGAGGCGGGGAGCGCUGACACCACCACAAGCGGCAUGGCCAGCAGCGCUGACACUACCACCAGUGGCGAAGCCAGUAGCGCUGACACCACCACCACCGGCGAAGCCAGCAGCAGUGACACCACCACUGUUGUUGAGUCUAGCACCACCACAAGCGGCGAAGCCUGCACCACCACAAGCGGCGAGGCCGGCAGCGCUGACACCACCACCAGUGGCGAGGCGGGCUGCGCUGACACCACCAGCAGCUGCGAGGCGGUCAGCGCUGACACCACCACCAGCGGCGAGGCCAGCAGCGCUGACACUACCACCAGCGGCGAAGCCAGCAGCGCUGACACCAUAACCAGCGGCGAAGCCAGCAGCAGUGACACCACCACUAUCGUUGAGUCCAGCACCACCACAGGCGGCGAAGCCAGCACCACCACAAGCGGCGAGGCCGGCAGCGCUGACACCACCACCAGUGGCGAGGCGGGCUGCGCUGACACCACCAGCAGCAGCGAGGCGGUCAGCGCUGACACCACCACCAGCGGCGAGGCCAGCAGCACUGACACUACCACCAGCGGCGAAGCCAGCAGCGCUGACACCAUAACCAGCGGCGAAGCCAGCAGCAGUGACACCACCACUAUCGUUGAGUCCAGCACCACCACAGGCGGCGAAGCCAGAACCACCACAAUCGGCGAGGCCAGCAGCGCUGACACCACCACCAGUGGCGAGGCGGGCUGCGCUGACACCACCAGCAGCAGCGAGGCGGUCAGCGCUGACACCACCACCAGCGGCGAGGCCAGCAGCGCUGACACUACCACCAGCGGCGAAGCCAGCAGCGCUGACACCAUAACCAGCGGCGAAGCCAGCAGCAGUGACACCACCACUAUCGUUGAGUCCAGCACCACCACAGGCGGCGAAGCCAGCACCACCACAAGCGGCGAGGCGGGCAGCGCUGACACCACCACCAGUGGCGAGGCGGGCAGUGCUGACACCACCAGCAGCGGCGAAGCCAUAAGUGCUGACACCACCAGCAGCAGCAUCGACGGCACCAACAGCAUUGGUAACAUCAGCACCAGCGAUGGCACUAGCAGCAGCGGUGGCACCAACAGCAGCGACGGGGACACCAGGAGCAUCGGUGUCACCAGCACCAGUGUCGGGGUUAACAUCAGCAGCAGCGACAGUAGCGGCGCUGACACUAGGAGUGCCGGCAACACUAGCAGUGUUGGCGGCACCAGCACCGGCGGCAGCGGUAGCAGCAGCAGCAGCGGCGGCAGCGGGAGCGGGAGCGGUGUGGACAGUGCAGCAGUGGUAGAGGAGCACAACACGGCAUGGCGGGAAGUAGGCGUGGCAGACCUCUCUUGGGACGAGGCACUGGCAGCAGCAGCGCAGCAGUGGGCAGCUGACCUCGUUUCCCGGGGCUGCCCCCGGGAGCGCGAAGGCGCGGACGGCCUCGGGCAGAACCUCUGCUGGAUGGGGCCUGCGCAGAUGAACAGUGACGAGGACCGCGCGGCGGUGCGGGCGUGGGUGGCGGAGAAGGCGGGAUGGACGAACAGUGCGGUGCCGGGAGGGUGUGUGGAGGGCAAGCAUUGCGCGGAGUACACGCAGGUGGUGUGGCGGGACACCACGCAUGUCGGGUGCGCUGUGCAGUGCGCGGAUGGGGGGGGGCUGUGGGUGUGUGACUACAAGCCCCAGGGAAACGUUGUUGGCACCACUCCUUACUAGGAGCGCUUUCUACGGGAACAUGGGUGGAAUGAUGUCUUGUCACUCCGCUUUCCUCUUUGGAGUGAAUUUCUGCAAAAGAGAGAUUGCGCAGGAGCAACAUACACUGAAUAAACAGGGCAAUCCGAACAUGCAUGGAGGCUGGCUGGAAGCUUAGUUGAUGGGCUUAGCUCCUGCAUCGGUUAGCUCUUGCUGUUUGCCUCUUAUGAAUCACAAUAAAGGCAACAUGGAACCGUACCGUAGUAUCAGUGUAGCACACUCAGAAGUAGCUGAGUGCUGCUGCUGGUAGGAAACUAAACAGAUCUUCUGUUG